UCCACUCUCUGCCGUCAUCGUUUUGAUCUCCUCGCCACGUGUCAUGCCCUAAGCACCCCUUUUGUUCCAAUAAAAAUAGUUGUUUUUUUAUAAAAUAAAAAAUAAUAAAAUAAUUCAAAGCUCGUUGGAGAGGACAAAGGCGUCCCUGGAAGCUCCUAGAAAUCUAUCGUUACAGAUCGGAAUUAGGGUUUUUGCGUUCGUUUUCGGCGCUGUUGGUUGCUUGCAGCUCAGAGUCUCGAAUUUUUCUGCGGUGCUUUAGGUUUUUGGAGGAAGGUUUCUCUGUGAUAAACAUGACAUCAGAGCCAAUGGCGGUGUUCAAAUUUGGUGUGGGAUAAAGGAUCUUUAAGGAAUGUCAGACUUGCAGGUGUAUGAGCUGGAAGAUAUUGUGUGGGAUGAUUUUGCUGAGAGUGAUGAUCAUAUAGUGCCUCAUCCUGGUGGUGAACAUGGGAACGAAUGUCCAGUUCGGGGUGAUAACUGCAAAAGACCGCGAUGUGAAGUAAUUGGUGUCAAUAAUAAUGCUGAUGACAGGAAUGCUACUAAAUAUUUUAGACAGGGAAAGGAGGAGACAAAUUUACCAACUCUGAAACACAAAAGGGAUAAAAUGUUGGAAAAGGGUUCAUGGUCUUGCACACCUGAUGGUGUAUUUCCUGCUUCAUGUGAUAGUGACUCAAUUAAAGAAACGACAACUUUGUCAUCUGAUGAUACUAUGAUGUCUACUCGUUGCUUCAAAAGUAGCAAUAUAGAGUCCAUUGAUAAUGAGUUCUGUGCAAAUGAUCCUAUUCUUGGUGAUAGAUGUGUUGCAGUUGACAAUAAUCUGUAUCGUUAUCCGCUCAGUCACCUUUCUCAAGCAGACAAUGAUCUCAGCUUUUUUGAUAAUGCCCGGGAUGAGAAAGAAUGCAGUGAUCUUUUAUAUUGUGGGUGGCCUGACAUAGGAAACUUUGAGGAUGUUGACCGGAUGUUUAGAAAUUGCGACUCAACAUUUGGGCUAGGGAGUGCUAGUAAUGAAGAAGAGUUGAGCUGGUUUUCAUCUUCGCAUACUAAUGAAGAAUCUGAAGAUGCAAUGAAGUUGGGCUUUAAGUUUCCUCCUCCUGAGUCAAGUGUGUUAAAAAGUGCAUCAGAACAGAAUGAAGCUUCUAGGCCAAAUGAUGCAAGUCCUUCAAUUUCUGAGUCAAUCAAGAAGAACGUGUCCAUUGGUUACAAGCCAAGUCCUCAAAUAUCUGAAUCUAAUAAGCCAGAUGUUCUUAGUCAUUUAUCUUUCAUGGAUGGGUCAGAGACGGUAACUGAAAGUAAGGAUGAUUUCACAUCCAAGGAACAUGUUUAUUUGCACAAGAAGCAGUCAAAGCAUCAGAAUCUAUCGGAGGGAAAAAGAAAAGAUAGAUUCACAGAAAAUGGAGGUGGUUUUCAUCAUUUUCCCAACCCCAAGCAAUUUGCUGAUGUAAAGCUUCCAUUUGGGGACUCAUCCUGCCAAGUUCUUGCCACCUCAGGCAUUCGAAGACAGGAACAAAGUGUUGGAUCUGAUUCCUUGUGCUAUUCACACAUCCCUUAUACUCAUUCUAACUACAUUCACCCUUCUGAUCAAUUUCCAGUCAGUCCAACUCCAUCCUGUGUCAAAUCUGAAAACAAUGGUCACUCACCCUUUUCUCCUAAGGAGUCUUCUUAUGCAUCAAAUAUACAGUCCAUGGAGAGCUCUCAUGAUGCUUCAUUUGAGACUCCUGCUAUAAAAGUGGAUGAGAAGAGGGAGAAGCUGUAUCGAAAACAAGGUUUUCAAACCUCUUUCGCUAUCAGUUCAAAGCACAAGGACUUAGUGGUUCAAGCUGCAUGCUAUGAUCCAAUUUCAGUGCAGAAGCAACUCAAUCAUUCUGAAAAUGAAGUUGAAGGUCAUAGUGAAGUAGAAGGAGGUAGCAUAAGUAUUCCAAUGGAAAUGAAUUCUUCAAAUGUACAGGACAACUCUUGUAUGAGCUCCAUGUUGGAAGAAAUUUCACUAGAAGCAACUAGUUUCCGCCAACUUCAAAAUGUCACGGAACAGUUGGAUAUUAGGACAAAACUUUGCAUAAGGGACAGCCUGUAUCGCUUGGCCAGAAGUGCUGAACAAAGGCAUAAUUGUGGAAGUCUGAAUAGUAGCAGCAGAGAUGAUGGGGAUACAGGUGGACUAUUGAUGGCUGCAGAGCCAAAUAAGUGCACUGGAUUUAUGGAUAUGGAAACUGAUACAAAUCCAAUUGAUCGGUCUAUAGCACACUUACUGUUUCACCGGCCUUCAGACCCAUCUAUAGUGCCCAAUGAUGCAUUAUCUCUGAAGUCUCAAAACAUGGUAAGCAGUCACAUUUGCAUUCUUUAUGCUAGACAACCAUUUUUUCCCAUGAUGACUGAUUCCUUUGAAUUUUAUUUACAGAUGCAAGGUUCUAUCACCAGUCCGCCGGUAGUGGCUGAGAAACUGGUUAGUCUGGAAGAAAAUGCUGUUGGUUCAGAUAAAAAUGUAGCUGAUCUUGACAAAAAAUAAUAAGGAAUCCUUGACUUUGGCAUAAAUACAAUGGAAUUAUGUCUAUUUUGAGUUGUCGCAGAUAGUUAUGUAUAAAUUCCAUUUCAACAAGCCCCAGCAUGGAUGCCGGAUUUAAUCGCAUGCUUUGGAUGUCAUUGCUGAGAUUUGUUUUGUAGUCUCCUGGGCAAGAUCUUUAUUUGCUUACCUGUCAGUCAUAUUUGCAUCUUAACCUCUUCAUGUUAAUUAUAUCAACCAUUUAUUAGAUGCAUUUGUCUUUAUGUUUGAACAUGUAAAGAACUUGACCACAAGCUUACGCAUGUAACUAAGACUCGGUGACUGACAUUCUGUUUUCACUUUUCUCAUGUAUCUAUACGAACCUUUAAAGCUUAGGCAUGGUAAAGAACUCAUGUAAUAAAUUUGAGAUCAUCAAAUUGGCUUCAAGAUUUCAUCUGA